GUCAACUCCGGCAUAUUUGAGGUUACGUUAGGUGAUGUAGAAAUGGCAAGAAAUAUUUUUUAUGUUUCUUUGGAACUGCCUCUGCUUUUUUUGUAUAUUAUUUUAUUUUUUACACAAUCAUGCAGUGGUUUAUACGAAGAUCAAGUUGGAAAAUUUGACUGGAAAAAAUCUUUCAUAGGAAAAGUUAAAUAUGCAUCUUUUGAAAGUGAUAAACUCAUUGUAGGAACUGAAGCAAACGUUUUAGCUUGUUUAAAUGUGAAAAAUGGCAAUAUUAUAUGGCGUCAAGUUAUGGAAAAUGCAGCUGAACAACAAAUUCAACAAUUUCAAGUCAAUAAAGCGAUUAUCUCAAUUUCAGGAGCAGACAAAACUUGGUAUGUUCGGGGUUGGGAAAUAAGCUCUGGUGUAUUACUCUGGGAGUGGACUCUCAAUUUAGAUGCAGUUUUUACUACAACUUACUGGUCGAUUAUUGAGAAAGAAAAACUUAUUCAUAUCAUCCCUACUGAAGCUUCUCAUAUUGAAGUAUUCUCGUAUCAUCUUGAGUCUGGUGAAACAAAAAUGAAAGCUAAACAAAUUUCUAGUCCAUGGCUUAAAAAUGUUUCCAAGUGCGUUGUAACUGCAGGAUACUUUGUCUGUAUUUUAAACAAUAAUGGGAAGGAUGAAAUUAAGUACAUAAACCUUGAGAUAAAUUCACCACAAGUAUCAUCUAUCUCUAUAGAUCUUUCAGAUUCAGGAGAAGCUGAAAUUUUGAAUUUUGAAAAUGAAAUUCCAUCAGUUUUGGUAGUCAAGGAUAAUAUUGCAAGAAUUGUUCAAUUUAAAGACAAAGUAGAAAUAUUUCCAUCACCAUUUUUGAAGAAUGUUAUUAGUGUGAAAAAUGAUGAUGAAGAUCAAUUGUUUCAGCUUGAAAUAAAUCUUGAUAAUCCUAAAAAAUUACUGAGAUUAACAAGGGAAAAUUCUAUUGGAGAAAAUAAAUUACUGAUAGACUUAGAAUAUCCCAAAGGUCUUGGUGUACCAUAUCUAAUAGCAGGAGUAUGUAGGAAAAAUAUUUGUGAUCUAUUACUCUCAAGUAUUGAUCAUGCAUUAAUCUUAGUUAGAAUACCUGAGGGAAAAAUAAUUUGGACUAGAGAAGAAGCUCUUUCUGAUAUAAUAGCAGUUGAAUUUUUCGAACUUCCAGUUUCUGAACUUGAUGCAAGUAUAGAGAAUGAAUUUAAAAUUUCAUCGCAGGAUAUAUUCAGUAUGUUUCUUCACCGAAUAUCAACACAAACAAGACAAUUAUCAAAUUCUCUCUUUGGUUCAAAACUGCAAAUGGAUAAUAUGUUAGUGAGGGACGAUUUUGGACUACAUAAAAUUAUUGUUGUUGUUACCAGAAUUGGAAAAUUAUUUGGAAUUGAUACUUUAAGUGGCCAAAUUGUGUGGAGUUAUAGAAUACCUCACAUUCUACCUUUUGAUAAUGACCAUGACGAAGUUGUCCUUUUAUUAGUACAAAGAACUGCAAGAUAUUCACCAUUACCAGCUCAAUGUACUUUAUUAGCAAAAGAUGCUAUGACAGGAUAUACAAUAAUGUUCCAAUUCGACCCAAUUACUGGCUAUAGUUCUCAAGGAAUUGUGAGAAUUAAUAAAAAGGUUAAACAGACUAUGCUAUUGCCUUAUGAAGAUACCAAUCAUUUGAAACCAUUCAUCACUAUAAACAAUGAUGAUAUUGUUGAAGUUUAUCCAAAAGAAGCAAGACAUCUUGUUGAGAGUCAUCUAUCAUCUAUUUAUUUCUAUAUGGUUACUGAUACUUCUAUAGAAGGUUAUUCUUUGAAUUCUGAAUCUGGAAGGCUGAAAGCAUCACUCAAUUGGAACUUUUUAUUAGGAUCUUCAAAAUUACUUGCAACUAGUGUGCGACCUACUGGUGAACGAGUACAUUCACAAGGACGUGUACUUCCAGAUAGAUCUGUUUAUUACAAGUACGUUAAUCCAAAUAUGAUUGCUGUUGCUACUGUUACAGAUGAUCCAGUUCAUAAACAAGUAUUAAGUGUAUAUUUGCUUGAUGGAAUUACUGGUUUUGUAAUUUAUUCAUUGGCUCACAAAAAGGCUCGUGGUCCAGUAAAUUUGGUACAUUCGGAAAAUUGGCUUGUUUAUACUUUCUUCAAUGAAAGAUAUCGCAGAACUGAACUUGCUGCUCUUGAGCUAUAUGAAGGACAUAUCCAAAGCAAUUCAACUGUGUUCAGUUCCUAUGCUAUGAGUCAACUUCCCCAAGUUCAAACUCAAAGUUAUAUUCUACCAGCUUUACCAACUAAAGUUACUGUUACUUUAACAGAGAGAGGUAUAACCAACAAAUGUUUGCUAGUAGCCCUGAGUACUGGUGCUGUAGUAGAAAUUCCUUGGGCAUUGGUACAACCAAGAUUUGCUGAUAUACCAUGUGGUCCAGAAGAGAGUUGCUACCCUUAUAUGCCUGAAAUACCUCUGAACCCAGAAGCUGCAAUUAAUUAUAACCAAACAUUAUCUAAAGUUAACGGAAUAUCUGUUGCACCAGCUAGACUGGAAAGUACUAGUCACAUUUUAGUUUAUGGCUUAGAUAUUUUUUACACAAGAGUAGCACCAUCUAAAACCUUUGACGUAUUGAAGGAAGAUUUUGAUCAUAAGCUAAUUAUUUUAGUUUUGAUUGGACUUAUUUUGGCAUCAUAUGUCACUAAAACUUUGGCUUCUAGAAAGGCUGUUAAACAGGCAUGGAAAUGAAAUAAAAAAGGUAUGCAGUUUUAUAGGAUAUUCAGUUAUAUGAAGUUUUUUAGGGCUGGUUGUAUUGUUGCUUUGCCUUAAAUUGACCAUUUAGUUAUAGCCCUCUUUUAGAAAAUUCUUGUGUUCAUAGUGAACUGAGUCUAAGUGGUCAUUCAAUAUUGUAUUCUCCAAGAAUUAUACCAACAGACAGAUCAUGUAGUUUUCAUUAUAGAUGAAAUUUAUUGUAUAACCUCACUUUUAAUUUGUGUUGGUGGUAUUCACUUAUUCAAUAUAUAUUAUAGAUAAUGGAACUGGACUGAACAUACCUAUGUUAAUGAAGAUUAUCAAGUUUCAAUGAAACCAGUCUUAUGAUUAAUAUGGAACACAUUUAGUAAUAAUUUAAUUAUUUUUUCAGAUGAAGAACCUAUAAGGCAUGUGUAAGAAUAGUAUUUAUUAUUUCAUUUUGUAGACUUCUUCAGUCUCACAUGUAAAUAUUUAUCUUGUAGUAUUUGUGUCAAGGAUAAAUUCAAAUAUCCAUAACUUCAGUUACCUGUUUGUUGAUACUUGGUGUAAACAGUAGAAUUUUAUAUUGUACAAUUAUGUUUUUUGUGUGGCUUCACUAUGGUUAAGCCUUGUUUGAAUAAUUGUAAUUUUCUUAUUCAAAAUGGAAUUGGUUGGCAGUUUGAAUGGAUAUUUAAGAAUAAAAUAUUAAAGAAAAUA